AUGGCGAACGAGGUGAUUCUUCUUGAUUUCUGGCCGAGUAUGUUCGGAAUGAGGACAAGGAUCGCAUUGAGAGAGAAAGGUGUCGAAUUCGAGUACAGAGAAGAAGAUCUAAGGAACAAGAGUCCUCUGCUUCUUCAGAUGAAUCCGAUUCACAAGAAGAUUCCGGUUUUGAUCCACAAUGGUAAACCGGUUUGCGAGUCUAGCAUUCAGGUUCAGUACAUCGACGAGGUUUGGUCUCACAAGAACCCUAUCCUUCCUUCUGAUCCUUACCAGAGAGCUCAAGCUAGAUUCUGGGCUGAUUUCAUCGACAAAAAGGUGUAUGAUGUAUCUAGGAAGACAUGGACAACGAAAGGUGAGGAGCUUGAAGCAGCUAAGAAGGAGCUGAUUGAGAUACUCAAGACUCUUGAAUCUGAGCUUGGAGAUAAACCUUACUUCGGUGGCGAUGAAUUUGGGUAUGUCGACAUUGCAUUGAUUGGAUUCUACACUUGGUUUCCUGCAUACGAGAAGUUUGGUAAUUUGAGCAUCGAAUCAGAGUGUCCAAAGCUGAUGGUUUGGGUUAAGAAGUGUUUGGAGAGAGAGACUGUGGCUAAGUCCUUACCUGAUCCUCACAAGGUUACUGAGUUCGUCGCUGAGCUCAGGAAGAGAUUUGGACUUGAGUAG